GCCGAGCCCGGGCGGCGGCGGCGGCGGCGGCGGCGGCCAGAGCGGGCGGCAGCGGCGGCGGCGCGUCCACGGCCCCCAGCGCGACCAUCAUGAGCACCAAGCAGGUCACUUGCAGGUAUUUCAUGCACGGCGUGUGUCGGGAAGGAAACCAGUGCCUCUUCUCCCAUGACUUGGCGAGCAGCAAGCCCUCCACCAUCUGCAAAUACUACCAGAAAGGCUGCUGCGCCUACGGGACUCGCUGCAGGUACGACCACACGAGGCCCUCUGCCGCAGCGGGUGGUGCCAUGGGCCCCGGGCCCCACGCCGUGCCCUCCCCCGGCUUCCACAGCCCCCACCCUCCCGCCAGCCAUGCCGCGGCCAUCGUGAAGAUGAGUCUCCACGAGCCUGGGAAGCGGGAGAAGAGAACCGUGGUGCUGAGAGACCGAAAUCUCUCUGGCCUGGCCGAGGAGAAGCCAUGUCCCAGUGUGGUGGGCAGUGCGGGUGGCUGCAGCGACGCCCAGGGCAGCCCGGAGAUGAAGCCGCACUCCUACUUGGACGCCAUCCGCAGCGGCCUGGAUGAGCCCGAGGCCGGCAGCUCCGAGGGCACCGAGCAGCUGCUGUGCCCCUACGCGGCUGCCGGCGAGUGCCGGUUCGGGGACGCGUGUGCCUACCUGCACGGGGACAUGUGUGAGAUCUGCAGGCUGCAGGUCCUGCACCCUUUCGACCCAGAGCAGAGGAAAGCCCACGAGAAGAGCUGCAUGUCCACGUUCGAGCACGAGAUGGAGAAGGCCUUCGCCCUGCAGGCCAGCCAGGACAAGGUGUGCAGCAUCUGCAUGGAGGUGAUCCUGGAGAAGGCGUCGGCGUCCGAGCGCAGGUUUGGCAUCCUGUCCAGCUGCAACCACACCUACUGCCUGUCGUGCAUCCGCCAGUGGCGGUGCGCCAAGCAGUUCGAGAACCCCAUCAUCAAGUCCUGUCCAGAAUGCCGCGUGAUAUCAGAGUUUGUAAUCCCAAGCGUGUAUUGGGUGGAAGAUCAGAAUAAAAAGAACGAGUUGAUUGAAGCUUUCAAACAGGGAAUGGGGAAAAAAGCUUGUAAGUACUUUGAGCAGGGCAAGGGGACCUGCCCGUUCGGAAGCAAAUGCCUUUACCGCCACGCGUACCCCGAUGGGCGGCUGGCAGAGCCCGAGAAGCCCCGCAAACAGCUCAGCUCCGAAGGCACCGUGCGGUUCUUUAAUUCCGUGCGGCUGUGGGACUUCAUUGAGAAUCGGGAGACCCAGCACGUCCCCACCGCAGAGGACGGCGACAUGACAGAGCUGGGGGACCUCUUCAUGCACCUGUCUGGAGUGGAGUCGCCAGAGUCCUGAGUGGGCCCAGCUCCCCCCCAGCCCAGGGAGGAGGCGUGAGAGCCCCGUGACAGCAACCUGAGGAGGCGCCUCUCAGUGAGAGGCUUCCUCCACCGCAGCCGCCUCACUCCCCACGCACGCACGGGAGGCGACGGCUAUAAAUGACCUAACCAGUAGCAGUGACUGUCGUAGUUGAUCCGCGGGCGGCCGGGGGCGCAGCAGGGAGUCUUGGCUCCCAAGGUUUGCAGCUGCCCCCCCACCCCCAGCACAUUCAUUUCCUGCAGAGAGCCCCCUGCAGUUUCCCAGCGUCUACACCUGCAUGGCCAGCAGCUGGCGCUCCAGGGGCCCCCACUGUGCCCGGAGGGUGAGGGGCCAGGCAGCGCAGCCCCUCACCUCUGGGGGGGCCCAAACUGGAGGAGGCCUGGGACUGUCCUCAGCAGCGUGCGUAGCUCACCGGAACGCCUGACUCGGGAGGGCGUCUGGCUCUGGCCGCGGGCCGAGUCAGUGAGGGGCGGCGAGGUCGGGCCGGCCCCCUUCCCCUUCAGGCGCUCCAGAUACGAAUGGUGGAGGUUCUGCUGUGCGGCCGGUGUCACUUCUAAAAGGAGGAAACAGCCAUUAACCUACAUUUAAUUUAUUUUAUUAAAAUAACAUAAUUGAGGACCGUCAGAUAACUGUAUUUUGUCAGGCGCAAUAAAAACAAUUAAAACCCA